AUGAAUUCUGAAGUCGAUGGUCUUCUUGAAUUUCUUCUUUAUGUUGGUCAAGCAAAACGAACAUUUCGUACAGGUUGGGUAUUGAGUGGAGUUGAAAAGGUUGAAAGUAUAGCUGAUCAUAUGUAUCGAAUGGCUGUUAUGUCACUUUUACUACCCACUGUAUCAGAAGAAUCAAAAGUUCGUUGUAUGAAAUUAGCGCUUGUACAUGAUUUAGCUGAAUCAGUUGUUGGAGAUUUAACUGAAUUUGAUGGAAUACCUAAAAGUGAAAAGCAUCGAAGAGAAAGUGAAGCUAUGCUCUAUUUAACAAGUUUAUUACCAGCAGAUGUUGGCAGAGAAAUAUUUUCACUUUUUAAUGAAUAUGCUGAUCAAAAAACAAAUGAAGCAAAUCUUGUUAAAGACUUAGAUAUAUUUGAUAUGCUUUUACAAGCGUAUGAAUAUGAAAAAAUUCAAUCUGAAGAUGGAUUCUUAGAAGAUUUUUUUGAUAGUUCAAUGAAUAAAAUAAAAACAAAUAUUGUACGAAAAUGGCUUCAACAAUUAGUAGAAUGUCGAUUAUCAGGAAAACUAUUCAAGUUACCUUCUGAUUCAAAUCUUAAUACAAUGCUUAAACAUAUUCUUUACGAUGAGCAAGGAACAUUCUUAUAUAAACUACCAUCAUCUACUCUUCGUGAAAAAUCAAAUCGUUUCGUUUCAAAUAAAAAUAAAACUGACAACUCAUCGUUGGAUACAACUGACCUUUUGGCGAAUCUUGUCAAAGAUAUAAAAAAAACAACAUAA